AAAUUCGUUCAUUAAUGUGUGUUGCAUUUCAUAGUUGUCCUGUCCUAUAUUUUCUCUCUCUCUCUCACCAACCAACCAACACAAACAUCAUUCGUUGGAGCCACCAUUGCCAGCUCCGGCAAUGCUCUUGCAUACGGUGGUGCAGCGCUGAACCUUCUCGAAACCCUCUCGUAAAGGAGAGGCUUCAUAUCUUCAGCCGCCAUGGGAAUACCUUGGGAUGACGUCGUUGUAAUCCAGCAUGGAAAAGACAAAAAUGACCCCACCGUCGUCACCGUCAAUUGCCCCGACAAGGCUGGCCUCGGUUGUGAUCUCUGUAGAAUCACCCUUGAGUUUGGUCUCCGUAUCAAAAAAGCUGAUAUUUCAACGGAUGGAAGGUGGUGCUACAUAGUGUUUUGGGUUGUUCCAAAUCCAUCAUCACUCACAGUAGAUUGGGGAAGCUUGAAGACAAGGCUCCUUUCGGCUUGCCCUUCAUGCUUGUUGACUUAUCACUUGAAUCAACAGCUUACUACUAGUCCUUCGCCGCCGCCAAUUUACUUGUUGAAGGUUUGGUUAAUCGAUCAGAAAGGAUUACUACAUGAUAUCAAUGAAAUCCUAUGCAACCUUGAACUUCUUAUUCAGAGAGUCAAAGUGAUGCCAACCCCAGAUGGCAGGGCUUUGGACAUGUUCUUUAUCAAUGAUGGAAUGGAGUUGCUUCACACAAAAAAGAGACAAGAUUACGUAUGCGAGUUUCUGAAGGAUGCUCUAGGAGACAGAUGUAUCUCCACUGAACUUCAGUUGGCCGGGCCUGAAUACGGACAGCUUCAAGGGAUCUCUUCUCUUCCUCCAGCAUUUGCCGAAGAAUUAUUUAGUUCAGAGCUAUUAGACAAGGGCUCUUUGCAUCCUCUCAGCCAAGAUAUGGCACCAUUGAAGAAGCCGACUGUUAUGGUGGAUAAUUCACUGAGCCCGGCUCAUACCUUGCUUCAGAUAGAGUGUGUUGAUCAGAAGGGAUUGUGUUAUGACAUUAUGAGGAUUUCUAAGGACUCUGAUAUUAAGGUUGCUCAUGGUCGAUUCUCUUCAAGCGCAAAAGGCUUCCGAAGCAUUGACUUACUGGUCCAGCAAAAAGAUGGCAAAAAGAUCAUAGAUCCUGAAAGUCAGAAAACUCUAUGUUCUUGCUUAAAAGAAGAGAUGCUUCAUCCAUUGCGGGUAAUCAUAGUGAACCGUGGACCAGACACAGAACUACUGGUUGCAAAUCCAGUAGAGCUGUCUGGAAAGGGAAGGCCGCGAGUAUUCUAUGAUGUUACGCUCACUUUAAAAGCGUUGGGAGUAAUGAUUUUCUCGGCUGAAAUUGUGAGACAUUCGACACAAGAACGCCAGUGGGAAGUCUACCGGUUUUUGUUGGACGAAAGCCGUGACUUUCCAUUGACGAGCAGCAAAGCAAGAAGCCAGAUUGUGGACAAAGUGAGAAGAACGUUGAUGGGAUGGUAAAUUUGGUUUUGGGUUUGUUCCUUUUUCAUAUGAGAGGAGCACUAUGUGUGUGUAUUUAAAUAGCUUUCUUUAAACUUGGUUUCUCCUCUAAAUUUGGUUUAGGAAGCUUAACAACUAUCAUAUGAUUUUAGCAUUUGUAUAUGUAUCAUUUUUUAUUUGGUUUUAGUAAUAUUUUUUUGUACAUUGUGU